CUUACAAUCUUCCAGAAGGAAAAGGUUACAUACAUUGCCAAGAUUUCAACGCAGAUCCCGUGAAGAUCUUUUUAGAAGUCCUUAGAUUUAUUUGUGCUUUUUACCAGUUGUUAUCAUUAAGUGUGUCCAUCCCAUAGCGACAUAAUGAAACUCUUGUUGAUAGUCCUUGGAUUCUUAGGGCUUUUAAUAGAUGGAAGAAUAUUAGGAGGAGGAGAAACUCCGCUUCAUGGGGUAUAUAAUGACAAGUUUUAUCAAGCCACACAUCCUCAAAAUACAAAUGACAACUGGUUAGGAAGGGCAACAAUAAUAGGAAUGGGCGGUUGGAGCAAUUUUAAAUUCCUCUUCCUCAACCCUGAAGGUGAAUUGUACGGUGUUUUAAACGAUAAGAUAUAUAAAGGUACUCCUCCUACACAUGGAAAUGAAAACUGGAUAGGCAGAGCAAAAAAAAUCGGAAAUGGUGGAUGGAAUCAAUUCCAGUUCUUGUUUUUUGAUCCAAGUGGAUACUUGUAUGCUGUAUCAAACGACAAACUCUACAAAGCUUAUCCACCUAAAUCUUCUAGUGAUAAUUGGAUGGCAAGAGCAACAGAAAUUGGAAGUGGUGGUUGGAGUGGAUUCAAGUUUUUGUUCUUCCACCCUAACGGACAGUUGUACGGGGUGCGUGGUAACCAGUUCUAUAAGGCAUUGCCUCCUUCCUCAAACAAAGACAACUGGCUCGCACGAGCUACUAAUAUUGGUCGCGGAGGAUGGGAUACAUUCAAGUUUUUGUUCUUCAAUUCAGUAGGAACCCUGUUUGGAGUUCAAGGUAGCAAGUUCUAUGAAGAUUACCCACCCAGUGAAGCACAUGAUAAUUGGCUUAAUCGUGCGAAAUUGAUUGGUAAUGGCGGAUGGAAUGAUUUUCGUUUCUUAUUUUUUUGAAGUCAGAAAAGUAUUACUCUUUUAUUCAUUUUUAAUAAAAUAAUUCAAAGGUUUUAAGUUCAGAAAUAUUACUAACUACGUGUGAUAAAUUUCAAGGCAUAACAAAAAACGUUAACUUUUCAAUAAUUAAAAACUGCACUUGUAUGUGCAAUAAUUAACUAUGAAAGUGUUGGAGAAUCUUUUUUUUUUGUGUAUUUGUCAUAUAAUACAUUAUUCGUUAUAUAUUGUAUUAUGAUUUUUCCCAAGGUCAUAAAACAGAAAUUAUACAGUGCUUUAUUGUUUAUGUAUUAAGUGCAUUAAAACGUACAUUACAGUGCUA